AAGGUGUGUCCAAAGGUGCUUUCAUUGGCGGUUUAAACAGAGCUCACAAAGCCGUUCAACAGGAAAAUCUGCAGUACUUUCUCGGACUCGAUCGAGUUUGUAUUUAUGUAAUUUAGGCUUUUUCGCACCGUUUACUGUAAAAAAAAAAAAAAAAAAAGAAGUCAGAAAAUGAGUAAAAUCUCGAAGCUUUUCAAAGGCAGCUCCAGCAGCUCGGGUUCGUCCUCCAGCUCUUCCUCCAAGUCCAAACACCACCGGUCGAAAGGAGGGCCGAGUCCACAGGAGGCCAUUCACAGACUCCGGGAAACCGAGGAAAUGCUGACGAAGAAGCAGGAAUACCUGGAGAAGAGGAUUGAACAAGAAAUAGCCAUAGCUAAGAAGCACGGCACCAAAAACAAGAAGGCUGCCCUUCAGGCCCUGAAGAGGAAGAAGCGCUUGGAGCAGCAACUGACCCAGAUCGAUGGCACGCUGUCCACCAUUGAGUUUCAGAGGGAGGCUCUGGAGAACUCGCACACCAACACGGAAGUCCUCAAGAACAUGGGCUUUGCUGCCAAGGCCAUGAAGCAGAUCCACCAAAACAUGGACGUCGACAAAAUUGAUGAUCUGAUGCAGGACAUCACAGAGCAGCAAGAUGUGGCUCGGGAAAUCAGCGAGGCAAUUUCUGGGCCUUUCGGCGAGCAGUUUGAUGAGGACGAGCUCCUUGCAGAGCUGGAGGAGCUGGAGCAGGAGGACAUGGAGAAGAGCAUGAAGAGUAUGGGAGGACUGCCGAGCGUUCCCAGCUCCAAACUGCCUUCAUCACAACCCAGUCACCGUGCAAAAACUAAGAAAAGGGCUGAAGACGACGAUGACAUGAAUAUGCUGGCAUCAUGGGCGACAUGAGUUCAUUAACAACAAGAAAGUAUCUCUGAACACUUUAACGCCAACGUUUUGCAGCAGCUUUUUACUUUUCACAAUAUUGUUCAAGGUUAUUAAGGAAGUUAAGGAAGAUUUUAUAAUCAAAGGCUUUUUGAUUAAUGAACUAAAAAAAUGAACAUUAAUAAGUGAAGGAAUAAAACCAUAGUUUAAAUUAAAGUUUUGUUUUUAGAGUGUGGUAUGCACAGCAUUUAUUGUGUCUAAGAAGGUUAUUCCUGCUGCUAUCAAUCCACGGAAGAUCUGCUUCUGUUGGUUUAAAUAAAUGCAGGUUCAGCCUAAAUGUUGUAAAUAACAUUGUUUUAUCUUUGUCUAACAAUAAAACUGGCUCCUACA